AUGCCAUCACAGGUAACAGCGCUGCUUGUAUCAGGGUCUAUUACACGGCUUAUUCUAUAUUCUACGCUUAUUUUGUCAUAUUUGAUUAGGUUGUCUCGGCUACAAAUACAAGCGGCUCCAGCAUAUCUGCCAAAGUCACUUCAGGCUUUAAUUGGGGGUUUUGACCUUGAUCCAAAUCGUGUAAUGGACAUGGUGCUUAGCUCGCUUCAGCACAGCUGUAUGGCUUCUAGCACUACAUCGCCUACAAUAAAUGCGCUCCUCAAGUUACUGGAGCAGGUCAAGCUAGGUGCAUCCCUGCCCCAAAUUCUGGGCUUCAAGUUUCAAAACUGCAGAGCUAAGAUGUUAACAUCGCUCUGCCGACUCACUGCAACAUUGCUCAGCGCUGGGGCCAUAGCUGUAGACGCACUGCUGCCCCAUUUAGCGCCAUCAAUGGAGAAGCUUGCCGAAACCACAAAAAGACACGCUAAAAAGAUCGAGGACGCGUCUCGUCUUGCCGGUACUGUUUCUCUAUCGCACUCCGCGGAGCAGGACGCGAGUCAAACCACAGCAGUAUCGCGAUGCCGCUAUCCGGCAGAAGGCCUCUCCUUACCAAUUGUUGGGAUUAUUGAGGCAUUAUUGUGGGACCGACGUUGGCUUCUUGUGCGACCACUUCUAAGUUGCCUGGAGGACACAGGUGCGCUGCCUGUCUGCGGUCAAUCUCGAUUGGCACUCUGUUCGAUGCUAAAAUUUGCUAUCUCUCCUCUGUAUUGCAAGCUUACGCCAAAUUAUCUACAGUUUGCAACUCGUUGGCAACCGUCAGGAAUUCCCUUAGUACACGUGGGCUCACAGCACCGAUGUCGCACUUUUGAUGAUAUUGCAUCGGUUCAUCGUCUUUUUCAAGUGCUAGAGCCACUGUGUUGUCAUCUCCACGUUGGUAUAGCCUCUGAUGCGUCAUUGGUGACCAAGCUUGCACGCAUCAUCAAAUAUCUGCUACGACCGCGGGAUGCUCGAGGUGCGCAUGAAGCAAAACGCUUGCUUGGAUAUGUCAUACUGCCGGCUAUGUCAAUACUUUCGGUCAAUCCUGGCUGCGUAUGUGAGAUUUGGGCUGCGACAAAGCAACUCCCUUGCUGUGAACGGCAUUCGCUCUACUCAACCUGGCGCGGUCGCAGCCUUGAAAGAGAAUCCGUGGGUACCAAGCACUUUGAAGUCGCAGAGGCAGAGUGUAAAGCUGGUUAUCAUGCUCGACAAUCAUUAAAGCGAGUGGCAAAUGACAAAAAAAACUCCAAGCACGUUGGAAGGGCAUUGGCAAAAGUAGCCCACUCAAAUCCGCUGGUUGUCUUUCGUGUCAUUCUCUCUCAAGUUGAAUCUUACGGCAACAUGAUUCAGCCCAUCGUUGAGUCGCUCGGUUUUGUGUCCCCCCUUGCAUUGGAUGUUCUUUCUUACAUGCUAUCGUCUCACCUUGCCGACACGUCACGUCAUAAACUACAGAAUGAUGGCAUAAAUAUUGCUCAUUGGUUUCAGCACCUUUCUCAUUUCACUGGUGUCUACUAUCGCGCAUUUCCCCAAACUGAGCUCCAGGCUCUCAUUGAAUUUCUCAUGCUGCGUUUGGAGGACGGAGAUUCUUUGUACCUUCUUGUUUUCAAUGAGCUUCUCGCUCGAAUGGGUGGUUGUGAGGUCUUAGAGGAUCUAUCUGAUGCCCAAAUUGGCGGUUUGGCAGGCGGCGAAACACUCCGCCGUGAAAUGCUUGCUUUUAGUAAGGCUUCUAAGCGCGCCGUUUCAAAGCUUCAGGAAGCAUUAUGCACGCCCAGCACUGCCAUUCCAAUACUUGCACUUGUUGCCCAGCGCCACUUCGGCGUCAAUAAAGUCUGUCUCUGCAGAUCAUGUGAAUUCUUGCAGGCAGCGCGGGUACAGUCUCUUCAAAGGGAAGGUAAAUCAUGUAAAGCUGCUUGGGCAACUCUUUGAUCGAUGUCAGAUGGUCCUGGUUCAGCUCGUAGAUUUCCUUUCGCGUUCUACAGCGCACAGCACCGUCACAGGCACAGGUAAGAAAUGUCCGUACUUUGAGCUGCUUCCUGAUCUCUGUAAAAUGUCCGUGCCGUACACUGUGUCGAUGAUUUUCUACUUCACACACGACAUAUACCUUCCCACCUCGUUUAGGCGUUGCACAUUGAACCACAGAUUGCGCUCCACGCGGCUAGACCACUAAUAGCAGAAGCAGCUGGCGCUCACCGCAAAGAACCAAGAGCUAAAAUUCCAAUUUCACCCGACUCAGGGAGCUCUCUAUGCAAAUGGGAGCCAGGUGGUAAAGCUUUGCGCUCAUCACUACCUGCACGGGAUUGUGGUGCAUUGAGCAGCGAACUAUACCUUGUUUUCUGGUCUCUAUCGCUAUAUGACAUUACAGUGCCCACGCGAGAAUAUGAUGCGCAAAUAGCCUUAAUCCGCUCUAAGAUCAAUGUGGCACAUCGUGAGUUUCUAGAGCCAGACAGACGGAAAAAAGAGAUGGCACGCUGCCUCAACACCAUAAACUCGCUUGUGGCCGAGCUGGAAUUCCAGAAGCAUCAUUACCAGCAGAUCAUGACUGAUCUUGAGGCACAGCGUAAUAGUCUACUUGGUACUAUCGUCCUCACCUGUGUGAAAAUACGUCCAUAGAUUAUAUGCUGCUUUUAAACUAGUUAUGUUGACUACUGAGGUGCCAUGGUAGGUGGAGGAUCAACGCCGCUCGAUUUCAGAAGCACUACUUGAGAAUUGCAUCAUGCCACGUGUUACGAUCACACCAGAAGAUGCACUUUUCUGUGCAAUUUUUUUCAAGCAACUUCAUUCUCUCGAGACAACCAACUUCAGUAGCCUCCAAUAUUAUGAUCGGGUAGUCAAAGAUGUUUUUCCUGUAAUCUAUUGUGCGACAGAUCAGGAAGCUCGUUGCCUUGGAAUUUUUCUUCGUGCAACUUUUGAACCCCUCACGCAUUGGCGCUUCGAUAGACGUCGCUAUGAUAUGGAAGCAGGAUCAAAACUUGGAUUUUCUGUUGCCAUUGGUUCUGCUUCUAGGUGUACAUAUGAACAAUAUUGCACUGUGUUUACCAAGUGGCAUGAUAAGAUAACUAAAGUUGCCCUUCACUCGCUUAGCCACUACAAGGAUCAUGGCCGUGCCUGUCUCCUUGUGCUAAUAAAACUAAUUGGCGUCUAUCCAAUCUACAAGCACGUAUCUACCCAGCUUUUGGGUCUUUUAGAGGCUAUUCAAGUUCAAGAGGACAUGAAGGAUGUCCAGGCGAUGGCCAAGCGUUACUGCACACUUCUUAAGAAGUCGGAGGAUACACUGGUGGAAGAAUCUCUCCUACAACGUGAUAUUCUUGGCUCUAAAGCUCAAGUUCCAGCCCCUGGCACCAAACGCCAGGCUAGUGCUGCCAAUAAGCAACGGCGAAGUCCAAAAGUUAGCUUGGCACGAGACCAAGAAUAACCUAGUGCCCAAUGUUUCUGAGUGAACGACCCGCCUAGUUAUAGAUACGGCAAUUUGGAGCCAGGGCAGGUUACCGUGGAGUGGUCCACACCAUUUCCCUGCCGGGGGCCUGCUCCGCAGGGGUGCCAAAUCCGACGUGGGGGGCGGUGGUUCGGGUUUAGACUUUUUGAUAGAACUUUUUGAUUCUUA